AGUACAUGCUGAUUUGCUAACAACAGGAAUAGGUCUUACGCGAUUUUACAAGACCAUCGUUUUUGAGAGAGAUUUCGUAGUAUGCAACGGCUUUGCUCGGAUUUAGUUACACCGCACGUGUUGUUUAAAUGCCAAGGUGUAUGUCCUUGCUACCUGGCUGACAUGAAAUACAAAUAAGAGUGAUAUUUGUUCUGUGUAAUACGAAUGCUUUUAGAUAAAUAUUCGGACAGUGUCAUACUGCUGUUUGUGGUAUAUGGUGUUCGAUACUGGUUCUGUCCCAAAAUGAAGUACAUCCUUGUGACAGGCGGUGUCAUAUCUGGAAUUGGCAAAGGUAUCAUUGCCAGUAGUGUAGGAACCAUACUCAAGUCUUGUGGCCUUCACGUCACUGCAAUCAAAAUUGAUCCCUAUAUUAAUAUUGAUGCUGGCACUUUCUCUCCUUACGAGCAUGGUGAAGUGUUUGUGCUGGAUGAUGGUGGUGAAGUUGACCUGGAUUUGGGAAACUACGAGCGCUUUCUGGACAUCCGACUAACUAAAGACAACAACCUGACCACUGGGAAGAUCUAUCAGUCUGUUAUAACAAAAGAAAGGAGAGGGGAUUAUCUUGGCAAAACUGUGCAAGUGGUGCCACACAUCACUGAUGCCAUUCAAGAAUGGGUCAUGCGACAAGCAAAAGUCUCAGUGGAUGAUGAUGGUGUUGAGCCACAAGUCUGUGUCAUUGAGUUAGGAGGUACCGUUGGAGACAUAGAGAGUAUGCCUUUCAUUGAAGCCUUCAGACAGUUUCAGUUCAAAGUGAAGCGCGAGAACUUCUGCAAUAUUCAUGUUAGCCUUGUUCCCCAGCCCAGCACUACAGGAGAGCAGAAGACUAAACCAACUCAGAACAGUGUGCGGGAGCUUCGUGGCCUGGGACUGUCACCAGAUCUGAUUGUCUGCCGCUGUUCCACACCUCUUGAUACUGCGGUGAAAGAAAAGAUCUCCAUGUUUUGUCAUGUGGAGCCAGAGCAGGUGAUCUGCAUACAUGAUGUGUCCUCACUCUAUAGAGUACCCUUGCUCUUGGAGGAUCAGGGCAUGGUGGAAUACUUUUGUCGAAGGCUGGACCUACCCAUUGAGAAAAGGCCCCACAGAAUGCUUACUAAAUGGAAGGAAAUGUCAGAUAGGACUGACCGGCUUUUGGAGCACACAUCAAUUGCAUUAGUGGGAAAGUACACUAAGCUUUCAGAUUCCUAUGCCUCAGUCAUUAAAGCUCUGGAACAUUCUGCCCUUGCAAUUAACUACAAGCUAGAGGUCAAAUACAUAGAUUCAGCAGACUUGGAGCCGAGCACCCAGCAGGAAGAGCCAGUGAAGUACCAUGAGGCCUGGCAGAAGCUCUGCAGUGCCAAUGGUGUUUUGGUACCUGGAGGCUUUGGUGUACGAGGCACUGAGGGGAAGAUUCAGGCUAUUAGAUGGGCAAGACAACAGAAAAAGCCAUUUUUAGGCAUUUGUCUAGGCAUGCAGCUUGCUGUGUGUGAGUUUGCCCGCAAUGUGCUUGGGUGGCAAGAUGCCAACUCAACUGAAUUUGAUCCUGAAACAAAGCACCCUGUGGUCAUUGACAUGCCAGAACAUAAUCCAGGACAAAUGGGUGGCACUAUGAGAUUAGGGAAAAGACGAACCAUUUUUAACAGCACCUCAAGCAUACUAAGAAAACUGUAUGGAGAUGUUGAACAUGUUGAUGAAAGACAUAGACACCGCUUUGAGGUGAAUCCAGAGCUGAAGCACCACUUUGAGGAGAAGGGACUCCGCUUUGUGGGCCAGGACCUGGCGGGGAAGAGGAUGGAAGUUAUUGAACUUGAAGAUCACCCUUAUUUUGUCGGCGUACAGUACCAUCCAGAAUUUACCUCACGCCCUAUUAAGCCUUCACCCCCAUAUUUUGGCCUGCUUCUAGCAGCUGCAGCAAAACUUCAGAGCUACCUGAUUAAAGGAUGCAGACUUUCACCACGAGACACAUACAGUGACUGCAGUGGCAGUAGCUCUCCAGACUCUGAACUCUCUGAUCUCAAAUUCCUGUCUGUUUGAUAGAAGGGAUAUAGCCAAAUGGGCAAGCACAAAAACUAUGGGGGAAAAGUGCUUCUUGCCUUUUUUCACUGCUGCUGAGGACAAAACUGGUCAGCUGAAAAGUUGUCCUCCUCUGAAAACUACAUGUAUGUUUCUAACUAUUGUUGCCUAUUGUUUGUACUCAUUUUGCUUAAAAAAGAAUUUAUAUUAGAAUUUCCCAAACAGAAUCAAAAACAGUUGGCUUUUAAAAGUAUUUAAUAUUUUAAGCACUACAACAUAACACAGUUAUAUAUUUUUUCUGUUUAGUUCAAAUGAAACGUGUAUUUAUACACAGUCCUGAAAAAUACAUAAAUAUGUGUAUAAUUAAUAUUUUAGAAUGGGUAAGAUGUAUGUUGUCAGCAGAUAGGCCUUUGUAUUUUCUGUUGUUUCCAUAGAAAAGAGCACUGCAUCAGAUUGGACAUGCAUCUAUGAGGCACUGCACCUUUUGACUCUGUCUGCCAUUUUAGUAUGUUUUAAAAGUCUCCAGGUACUGUGUAGAGAAAGUAGCUAUUUUGAAACCUGGAAGUUCAUGUAUUCUCUGCAUGGAUACUGGGUUAGACAAGAGAUACUGAUACUUCACCUUAGUGUACACUGUAACUUAUUUUAUUUUAUUGUUUUGUGUCUUAAAAUAAAUCUUAUGAAUCACGUUGAAGGCUAA